AACAAGGGAAAAUCGUAUUCAUCCAACGCCUCUCAAUCUCUCUUUAACAAUUCUUCCGCCAGAAGAGUGAAGAAGACAUGGCUAGCUGCUCCAGCAGGGCAUCGGCUGCUUCAAGGUUCUUGUUAACACCCAAUAUUUCAAGCUCAGCUACCAAGACCAACACUAACAUAGUGUUUUUCCCUUCAAAGAGCAACACCAAUUCAAGACUUGUUGUGAGGGCAGCUGAGGAGGAGGCUUCGCCACCGUCCCCAACCCCAGAAACCACCACGGAAGGCGGCGAAGCCCCUAAGCCACCUCCAAUCGGACCAAAAAGAGGUACCAACUUGAAGAUUCUAAGGAGCGAGUCCUACUGGUACAACAGCUAUGGAUCAGUUGUGACAUUUGACCAGGAUCCCAAGACUCGGUACCCGGUUGUGGUUCGAUUCAACAAAGUGAAUUACGCCAAUGUAUCCACCAAAAACUACGGUCUGGAUGAAAUUGAAGAAGUUAAAUGAGUUACUGUGGCAUUUUGCAAUAUUUUUAGUUUUUCAGUUAUCAUGUGUAUGUAUGUAUGUAUGUAUGUAUGCAUGAUUGUUUUUUAAGACUUCCCCCAUCUCUAGCUUUAAACUUGUUUCUGCCAA